AUGGGCCCGGCGCACACAUUAGAAAACGGCGGGGCAAGGACCGCGCAUUCAAGCGACCCGCCUCGGGUCUCCUUUCAACAACCAGAAAAAUAUACCACCACUCACCCCGACUACCCAAUAUCUCAAAACGGGCCCACUAGGGACGACGCCGGCGUGAUAUCUCCUGAAGUUUCUGCGCUGCUAGAAAGAGAAGGUGCAGACAUCGGGCUAGAAGUAGACGACAACGACGACGACGACGACGAAGACGAAGACGGUGAUUACGGCGAGGGAGAGGCUAUGGACCAUGAUGCAGCUCGAUCAGUGUACGCCAUGAGCAUGUGCCCCGGCGCGGGGUCUACCUUUCAGGCUGAGCACGGUUACGAGAACGGGCAAGAUGCAGCUACUAUUGAUUCUGCACGGACCUUGUACGCCGACGACUUCGACUUUGUUAUGGAAAACGGCCGCCAAUAUUGCGGCGACUACUUCCUACCCAUCGACCAAACGGAACAGACGCGGCAGUACGUCAUCCACCAGGUUUUCCUCAAGGUGUUCGACCUCGAGCUGACAACGGUCCCGCUCGACAAGCCGACAUACAUCCUCGAUGUCGGCACCGGGAUAGGCGAGUGGGCAAUUGGUAUGGCGGAGAAGUAUCCGCAGUGCGAGGUCUUCGGCACCGACAUUGCCCCCAUCCAACCGACCCAACAAGUCCCCUUCAACAUCGAGUUCCAUAUCGAAAACGCCGAGGACGAAUGGAUCCGUCCCAACAACGCUGUCGAUCUGGUGCACUUCCGUAACAUGGAAGGCGCCUUCUCCGACUGGCCCUUCAUCUACGGCCAAGCAUUCGCCUGUCUCAAACCAGGAGCCUGGAUUGAGAUUAUGGAAUGGGAAGAUUUCUUCUCCACGAAUAACUUCCUCUCCUUCUUCGCGGACAAGUCGGCGCCACACGUGCUGUUCCGUGCGAUCCUUGAUGCCGCCGAGGUGGCCGGCCGUCCGCGCGACUCACGGGCUCUUCGCCGAGAGCAGCUCGCGGCCGCAAAUUUCAUCGAUAUCCAGGAGACAGUGCACGACUUGGGUAUCGGCGCACGCGAGAGCAGCAGCUACGGGAAAUUCUGGCUCUUCUCCAUCAUCACGGGCGUCGAGGCCGCAUCGAUGCGCCUGUUGACCAGGUACCUCGGCUGGGACCCGAACGACGUGCAUGAGCUGUGCGAGAAUGUUGCCGACGAGAUCAAGGCCAUUUCCGAGGACCCGGAUAGGGCGGAAGCCUUUGUCGUCAAGCUCCGUGUUACUAUUGGGAGGAAACCCACGAAUCAAGCUGGGGUAGGGAGGAGUAGGGCCGAGGAUAGCGGGGGCAAUGGGCGGAAUAGUGAAGAUGAGAGCACCAUCGGGGCGAGGACGAUACGAUCCGAAGCAACGGCAUGA